AUGAAGCAAUACUACUUUAUCGAUAGAGAUGGCCAUCUCUUUCGGCAUGUACUCAACUACCUGCGCACGGGACGCGUCUGUCUGCCGGCUCGGUUCGAAGAACUGGACCAGCUGAUCGAGGAGGCUCGAUUCUACCAGUUGGACGGGAUGACGCGUCAGCUGGAGGGGCUACUGUACCAACGGGCCAGACCCACUGCCACUCUUCAUCCUCCUCCUCCUCCUCCUCCUUUUCCUCUUCCUCUACCUCUUCCUCUUUCUUCGUCUUCCUCGUCUUCUUCUGUUUCCUUUCCUCCUCUCCCGCCUGCCCGUCCGUCGAGGCCGUCAUGCGAAGAGGAUUCGGCCUCGGAGGGGGCACCUCGAGGAGGACAUGGGCUGCGUCAGUCCAUGUCCAAUCGGACAAACUCGAGGCCUGUUCGGUUCGAGAGCAGAGUCGGCAAGACGGUCGAGGGGUCGGAUGAGACGGCGGAUGGUAUGGCCGAGUGGGGCGAAGAGGAGGGCUCCAAGUUGGCCGGCCAGAGGCGAGCAGCUCGACAGCUGAUGCGCGAUGAAUGCGUCCACAUGAAGAGAGGCGGCGCUCGAAAGCGUAGGCUUCUACAAUCGGGCUGGUCGCAGAGUGGCGAAGAGGUGGAGGCAAAGAAGACAGGACCCGUUGACAAGGCACUACCGAACGGAAAGGGACGAGUGCAGAAAACCGGAGAGAAGAGUGUUGCUGUACUGUACAUGUCCAGUGGGCAGGCUCUUUCAACGGAGGAUGGCGUGGCGCUCAAACGAGAGGAAGAUGCGGGCGAAGGGGAAGACGAAGAAGAGGAGGCAGAAGAGGAGAGAGGCGAGAUAGGCGAAGAUGAGCUUCAGGCUGGCCUUCGUGACUGGGACCUGGUGGCCUUCGUGGCGGACGUCGGCAACUGUCGAGGGCCGAGAAGAGCCCGUCUGGUCUGCUCGACUCGGAAACUGGCCGACUGGCUUGAACCCCGUUUGGGCCUGGUCUUGAGUCCAUGCGGGGCCGGAGCGGGUGGAAUGAAAGAAGAUACAGAAGACGAGAAGGAGCAGGAGGAGGAGGAAGGAGCGAGGUCGUCUCCGGUUGCCGAGGCGCCGUGUCGGUUGAACCGCCUCACGAUGGCGGCCGGUGACGCGACUGGCGCUCUUCGUCUCGAGGCGAUGAGUCCGGAGAGGAUGAUCGUUCUGUUGCGUGGGCUCUACCGGCUCGGUUUCCGACUCUUGCCGAUGCCGGUGACUGAGAUUUGGCCGGCCGAGAGAAGCCGAUGCUCGGGUCCGGCGCCGACAGGUUUCGAUGGGAGCGCAGGUGGAGCCGCUCUGGACCGGACUCGACUGUUGACCGUGUCGGCUGACGCGAACUGCGACUCCGAUAGGACGCAGGCUCGAGCCCAGGAGGCUGGAGAGGCGGAGGUCGAGGUGUCCGGACGAGGCAGUCUUCAUUUUGUGAUGGCACGGCGCGUCUGCCCGAUCGGUGGGAGGCUGUCCAACUGUCGAGGAAAGUCGCGUCGCACGACAACAGGCCCGCGAAUGGGACUUCUGCUCGAGUCCCGAACACACCGGUCCCCGUCGAAGGUGUGCCGGACAGACGUCGGCCAGCCCAAUUCCUUUGUGGAGCAUCGUUAG